AUGGCUUCUUUCAUGGAAGAGCUGUGGUCUAGCAUUUUCACGCCGGGCCCCACCCCAACUCUCCUGAUCGCGACCAACGUGACCUUUGCUGCCCUUCAACUCGUCCUCUUUGUCCUCUUGUUCGCAACCCACAGCAUUCACUUCGUCGCUCUGUCCUUUCUGUGCGCAGGCUUGUGGUAUUCUAUCAACUGGUUCGCACACGAGGUCCGUGUUGCGCAGGCUGCCCAAGACGCCGAGAAGAAAAAGCUGGCCGAGGCCGAGCCUGACUCCGACAGGAAGAAGGAUUCCGGCGUAGGGGACAGUGCCGACAGUGAGACAGAGACGGAGACGGAGACCUUGGCAGGCCAGAACAUUCCUACAUCCUCCGCGGCCGUCGCGACCGGCAGCAGCACGACAUCGGCUAGACUGCAGCCCAUCGAGCGUGACCCCAAGAAGCGUCCCAGCACUGGCGGAGAUAGCUCGGGAUACGGCAGCACGGAUAGCGAGUGGGAGAAGGUUGACGGCAACAAGGCAUAA